CGUGGAAAUUGACUGGUCUGGUUGAUGACAUUCCGUUUAAUAAGUUUCUUGUUAUUUUGUGCUGCAUUUUUCUGCUUUCUCCCCAAACCUUGGUCAGAUCCGCGAAUCCAUCUCUACAAAAGCACAACGAACAACGCUCUUUCCAUUCAGACAUUACUACAAACACAUACCGAGCUAUUCUAUGCUCUCUUCUCUUUCUCUUUAAUUCCUUCUGUUAAUCAGCUUUGUUGACUCUUCUUCUUCAGUUCUUCGCUCGCAUUACCGCACCCUUCCCUAUUUGUUUAUUUCUCCCAUAAGAUAAAUCCACUGGAUUUGGAAACUAGUGAUACAUUGUGAACUCACUGAAAGUGUGGAAAGAAUCCAGUCAUAAGUCUUAAUAGUUAACACUAGAUACUGUGGUUCAAGCAACAUGUCUACAGCAACCAAGGGUGAUAGGAAGGCCACCCUUGACGCAGCAUCAUGGAUGUUCAAUGUGGUAUCAUCUGUGGGAAUCAUCAUUGUGAAUAAAGCUCUCAUGGCUAACUAUGGUUUCAGUUUUGCUACGACCUUAACUGGCCUCCAUUUUAUCACAACCACCUUGCUGACUUCCAUUCUUAAGGGGAUGGGAUAUAUCCAGAGUACUCAACUUCCAAUUUCUGAUCUCAUCAAGUUUGUUUUAUUUGCUAAUUUUUCCAUUGUCGGAAUGAAUGUGAGUUUAAUGUGGAACUCUGUUGGUUUCUAUCAGAUCGCUAAGUUGAGUAUGAUUCCAGUAUCUUGUUUGCUGGAAGUUGUCUUUGAUGAUGUGCGAUAUUCAAGGGACACAAAGCUAAGCAUUUGUUUGGUACUCCUUGGUGUUGGUGUCUGUACUGUCACUGAUGUGAGCGUCAAUAUGAAGGGCUUAAUAGCUGCUGUGGUGGCAGUCUGGAGCACCGCACUUCAGCAGUAUUAUGUGCAUUUUCUACAGAGGAAGUACUCUCUUGGAUCGUUUAAUUUGUUGGGCCAUACUGCACCGGCACAGGCCGCAAGUUUACUGUUAGCAGGUCCCUUUGUGGACUAUUGGUUGACAAACAAACGAGUUGAUGCUUUCAACUACGGUCUGGCGUCUACUCUGUUCAUCGUUCUGUCUUGCACUAUCGCGGUAGGAGUAAACCUUAGUCAGUUCAUCUGCAUUGGCCGGUUUACUGCCGUAACAUUCCAAGUCCUUGGCCAUAUGAAGACUAUUCUAGUUCUUAUCUUGGGAUUUGUUUUCUUUGGAAAA